AUGACAAUGUCCGUUGCGUAUUUGCUCAUUUAUAGAAGCUUGCGCUUAAACCUGUUGAGGCUCACCUCCAUAGACGAAAGAAGGCAUCAAAGCUAUAGCAAGGCAUCUCAGUUAUCAAACGUGAGCAAAGACAGCAUGGAACAUAGAAGAAAAGAACAGAACAUACACCUAGCGAAGAUGUUCAUCAUUGUAGUCGUGGUAUUUGCAAUCAGCAUGUUUCCAAAUCAAGUCAUUUGGUUUUGGAACGACUUUGAAAAUGGAGGCAAGAGCGAUUAUUUUAAUUACGUUUCCGCCGUGGGUCGGAUCUGUACUUACGCGAACAGCGUUUUAAAUCCAUUUAUUUACGCCCUGAAAAGCAAAGAAUUCAGAUCUGGCUUUGCAAGGAUUGGUCACACCACUGUGGUUAAGCCUUUAAGAAAGAUAAGCAGCGAAACUCGAAAAUUUGCCCGCAAAGUAAGUAGAAGUGUCUCUGACAAUCAGCGUCCCUCACCUCCGCCGGAGGAAACUAAUUCGCGCGGAAAUUUGAAGUCUGUUCGAAUUUGUUCUGACCAAACAUGGAAUGGAAAAAUAACAAAUUUAUAUGACUCGGAUUUCGCAGAUGGGAAACGUAUGGAUGAGCAAAAUUUUAUUAUGGAUUUAUCUCUUCAAGAGGGGAUGAUAAACAGCUCAAACUUAAGGAAACUUCUCGAAGAACUAAAAGAAACUGAUUGUUAA